CUUCCGGAACUGGAUGGCUGAGGAAGUCCCCAGGGGCCCCUCAAAGCUCAUGCGUGCCUGGUUGGAGAUGAAACCUCCCCCAUGGGAGAGUUGGGAAAAGUUUCCACAGCUGAAGCAGGAGCCUCAGCCCUUCCAUGCCGAUUCACCAGCCUACUGUAACGCCUGCUUUAGGAGGCUAGACUGGGAGGACAAAGAGGCCCUGGACUACAUCGACGCCUUUCUCACGAGCAAUGAACAGGACGAGGCCAAGAAACUCAAGUUCUUGGAUUCCAUCAGCACCCUCAGAAGCCUGCCUGCUUUUAUGGACAAAGUUCUGCUAGUGGAGAAGAUAACGGAGCUGAUUGAUCACGAGUCCGUCGACUCCCUGACCGGCGUGAUGCGUCAGCAAGCAAUGCUCGCCAUCAUGAAGCUGAGCAAAAUGAAGCUACCGCUGCUGGUCCUGACACAACCCAGCCUGCUCACCACCUGCUUCUCCAGCAUCUUCUCCCUGCCUCCAGCACACACCAUGGAGGAGGUGGAGGCUGCUCUCUACAACAAAACGCUGAAAACCAUGGAUGAGAUGCUGAAGGCCUUGAUGUGUGAGGAUAAGGAGCCCAACCUUGUGGUGCUGCAAAACAUCGUGAAGGUCCUGCUCCCCUGGACUACAUCCAAGGAGGCACAUGAGCGGCUGAGGGCAGUGGGAAGGAUCAGGUGGCUUAUGGAACUCAUGGGGUCUCAGCGCAAAUUCCAGAUUUUUGGGAAGUACUUCGACCCGUCUGAAGGCAUGGACUUUCUCCUCACUGCUAUCAACGGCAUGAGAGACUCCAGCGUCCAUGACGCAGUGACGGCCAGGAACAUGCUGCAUACGAUCCUGGAGGUUCCCGGCCUCAGCUUGUGGAGGGUGUCAGAGGCUGUGAGGAGCAUUCAUAACCACCUGGACUCCAUCAGCGAGCCACUUGCCCGGCAGGAGCAGCGCAGGGCCCUUCUCCUGCUGGGCUACCGGUUCAGCGAGGAGGUGGUCAGAACCCUGCUGGGCUGCUCACUGUCAUGUGACAGUGUUGCUGCGGAGAUGUGGAAGAUGCUGACAUCCCAGCCCAAGACCACAAGAAAGAUCCUUGGGGAGCUGGUCAGCAGGCUGCAGGAGCCGGCUCGGCGACGGCAUCAGCUCUCUGAGAGACCGGCUGGCUUCCCCCCCUUGGCCCUGCAGGCCACAAGAGCCCUGUAUGUGAUCCUGCAGGAGCAGGCCUGCAGGCAGGAGGUGAAGGAGCUCUUCCCUCAGCUCUACGUCGCGCUGCUCUUCCACGUCACCCACACAGUGCAGCACACUGCUUCGCAGGAGAGGGAGCAUAACCAGGAGGACACGGCCGCACCCCUCAGCCCCGUCAGGUUCGCGGUGAAGGCCAUGGAAGCUUUGCUUCUAUGCGCUGGCUACAAGGAGCAGGUCACCUUCAUGAUGAAGCAGGGCGGCUGGGACCUGCUCAUGAGCUCUGACACGCACCACAAAGGUGUCUGCCUGCUUGCCCGGGCCAUGGUUUCGCUCAAUUUCCAGGAGCGAAACUGGAUUUUCUACCAUCUGAUGGCCAUCCUCAGCGAUCGGGACGAUAGGCGGUACGUCCCGGCCGUGGCGCUCUUCAUUCAGCUCCUCCAGUGCCCUGACCUUGGCUACGGGCUGGAAGACGCCAUCGUGGAGGAGAUGAGCAGGCAGCUGAGAGACCACCAGACCGUGGUGCGCUGGUUGGGGCUCAAAGGCCUCCUCAAUCUGGCCCGUCUCCCAGAGAAGGUGGGGAAACUCCAGCGUCUGCUGCCAGAUGUCCUGGAGCGACUCCAGGAGGUAGACAGAGCCCUCAUCCGCAAGGCCAUCGCCGUGCUGAAACACCUCCUCACCGGCAUGGACAGGCAGAGCGCCAGCUGCGCGGCUGUGCAAGUGGCUGAGCAACUCCUGCCAUUGUUUGAUGAUGUGACCAGCAAGCUCCGGGUGCUCUCCAUCACCCUUUUUAAAGACCUGCUGGAGCUUGUAAGGUGGACCAACCGGAGUGUGUUGGGACACCUCAGCAGUGCCGCCCAAUUCCUGAGGUGGCACCAGCUCAGUGGCCUCAUCCAGCACAAGGAAACCUGGCGAAUCUGUGACUGCCUGGUGAGGCGCUACAACGGGAGAGCUGAUGACUUCCUGUGCCAGACCAUGGCCUUCCUGCAGAACCCACAGACUCCAGUUAGGGAAGCAGCCAUCAGGUUCCUAGGGCUCACUGCCCGGCAGCUGGACCAGGGGAGCCAGAACAAGUUGAACGCCAUCUGCAAGAACCUCAAAGGCUUGCAGCAGGACAGCAAGUCCUCAGUCCGAUGCCUGGCUUCUCAGACUAUUUUCAUCCUGGAGGCGUUCAAGAACCAGCCUCCAGCCUGCUGCGGCCUAUGGACAUUGGUCCAUAGGAUAACAACAAUGUGCACUGAGGAUAGCCCGCUCAUUGAAGCUGCCCAGCUGCCCUAGCUCUGGGAAAAGCAAGCCUCCCUUCUCUGGGGGCUUGGUGCAUCCGA